AAUAGCAAUAAGAUUAACCUCUUCUCUUUACAAGAUUUUUACCAAUGGAAGUCGCUCAAAAUUUUCAUAUGAACGGCGGCACUGGUGAAACUAGUUAUUCUUCCAACUCCUUCGUUCAGAGAAAAGGUAUAGAAAUGACGAAGCCCGUAAUUGAGGAAGCCAUGCUAGAUCUCAUCUCAGAGCAUUCAGCUGCCUCGCCGUUGAAUACUAGUCAAUGCCUGAAUAUAGCAGAUAUGGGUUGUUCUUCUGGACCCAAUGCUUUACUGGUUGUCUCCUACAUUAUGGACAUCAUUUACAGAAAAUAUAGUGGCACUUGCGAUGAUGUGCAUGGUGAUCGUUCCCCUCCUCAUCCUAAGAUUCUCGUGUUCCUUAAUGAUCUUCCGUGCAAUGACUUCACCACAACUUUCAAAUCAUUGGGAAAUUUCUAUGACAAACUCAAGGAUACCUACAAAUUAGCUGGAACUGAUGAUGAACCACAACACCAACCAUGUUUUAUUGCAGGGAUUCCGGGUUCAUUUUACGCCAGACUUUUUCCUGAUGAUACUCUCCAUUUUGUUCAUUCUUCGUACAGUCUCCACUGGUUAUCUAAGAUUCCUCAAGGGAUUGGGAAGUGUAAUAAGGGGAACAUUUACAUGGCGGAGAGGAGCCCUCCUUAUGUAGUUGAGGCAUAUAUGAAGCAGUUCAGUGCAGAUUUUAAAAUUUUCCUCAAGUGUAGAUCCAAGGAAGUGGUAAAGGGAGGAAGAAUGGUGCUAACGAUCUUAGGCAGGGGUGAUGAUGUAGGUCCUUCUAGCAAAGAGUGUUGUUACAUUUGGGAGCUAUUAGCAAACGCAUUCAAGUACAUGAUGAUACAGGGAAAGAUUAAAGAGGAGGAUUUAGAUCUAUUUAAUGUACACAUUUGUGGUGAAAUCCGCCAUCCUAAGUGAAGGGUCAUUUUAUAUCAAUCGACUGCACACAUUUGAAGUGACUUGGGACGGUGAAGAUGAAGGAACUAUUUGUGGCGAUGAUGACAAGCAGUUGUUUAGAAGCAGCAACAACGUCGCCAAUUGCAUUAGAGCUGCAACUGAACCAUUUCUGGUGAGCCACUUUGGAGAAGAUAUUAUGGAUGAAUUGUUUGACAAGUAUAGGGAGAUCAUUGCAGCCCGCUCGUGCAAAGGAAAAAGUAGACAUCUGUGCUUAGUUAUCUCCGUGACAAGGGGGUGAAGAUAUGUAUUUUUUCUAGGCAUGUUUUGGAGUCUGGCCAUAUGUCUCUCUAUCCAUCGUUGGUGUUAUUUCUAAUGUUGUAACUUGGGUUGAUUUUUUGUCAAUUUGAAAAACACUGGUUGAGUGAA